CGGAGUUUACUCAACCCCGAAACUUCUUGGUAGUUUUUUCAAAUCGCGCACUGGUCUAUACUAAACCGAAGUAAACAUGGCUAUGUUCAAGCUCCACGACCUUCCGCAGGAGUAUUUGGAAUAUAUGGUCGACAUCAUGCACAAGGAGGGACACCACUAUUUCUAUCACGACGACGCGCAAUAUAACGACGAGCAGGUGGUGAUUGGGCCAGACCAGUUGUUCGUGGGCUUCACAAUCCGCCUUUUCCUCUACAACAAGGACCAAUCAGGCUAUGCAAAAUUAGCGACAGAGUGGAAGAGUUCCGUUGGCCAGACAUGGCAUCUUGUGACAGAAUUUCGCGACAAAAGCAUAUGGUACGCGGGAAGAAGACGUUUCACAAUAAGGGACGAUAGCAAAUCUGUUGGUACACUGCCGGACGACUCCGUCUACACGCUUUCCAUCAGAGUUUUAUCGACAGAAGUAUUUCAGGCACUCCUGAAUGAACAGCCUUUCUACCAGAUCGACGUGGAAGACACCGUAAGUAAGUAA